AUGUCGUUCAUUACGAUUCACUUUGGAGGUAAGUGUCACCUUUUAUUUCGAUUUUUCAAGUAAAAUAGUUCCUUGUUGUUUUCAAUAGUUAAGCUCAAUCUUGAUCGUUUCCCUCGACUUUGCAGACAACCAGAAAUUAUUUUUCAACCUCCUCUGUCCAACUGUCAUUUUAUAUAAAAACAUCAAACUGAGAUGCGGGUGCGAAAAACAAGGUACCAAACAUUUCAGUCUGUUGAAAUUGUUAUUCCUCCAUCGAGGAUAAUAAAGUUGUUUGUUAAGUUCCAAUGAAAAAGCAGGCAAUCGUACUGAAUACCUCACUGCGAUGUUUGCCUGUAUUUUGUUAUUCGUUUUACAUUAUCUUGCAGCUCUUAUAGACAUCGCGGAUGAAAAUGGUUCUCUGAAAACCAUUUAUGAAAGACCACCGGAUCAAUAUGCGUCCCAAUAUCUUCAAGGGAGGGCAAACUUUGUGUUACUAAAAGUUUUAAGUAAGUUUUCUUUCUUUGUUUUUCUUUAUUUAAAUCGUUAGUGUACAUUGAUAAAAAUAUGUUUUCAAAUCAAUCUGUUUUGACAUGAGAGUAACAUAUUGAACCAAAAUAUUCCAAAACAGAAUUUACAAUUAUUGCAAAUAGAGAUGAUGCUCUAAGAUUGUUAAUCAGGAUAUGGCCUACACAAGGGGGGAAAUGCCUAGCUUUCAACUUAGGUUAUUUAUAGUUUAGAGUAAAUUUUGUGGUCAUGAAAGUUGAGAACAAUAUCUAACUCAAUUCUAAAUACAAGGGUAACCAAGCAAAUGUGUCUUUUGUUACCUGUUGACUAGAAAGCAUUUCCAAGAAAAAAAAAAUACAUAUAAAAGAGAAAUGAAAAAAGCUAUUCAAGAAUAACCAUUGAAAGGACUACUUCUUCCUGUAGAAAAGAUUGAUGCCAUCAGUGGAAAGGAAGUUUCUUCAUUUGAGCCACUUUUGAAUAAUGUGACAGAAGUGUAUCCUGAUUUGAUGGGUAAGCUUGAUACAAAAAUCCAUUAAUACAGGGGCAGUUAUAACUGAUUUUAAUCAGUUAUAGUUUUAAACAACUAUUCAACAAAUAGAUUCCAAGUUGCCGUGUGUCUGUUCAGUAAUAGAUCACAGAUGACGUCAAAAUGUGGUAAGAACAAAAAAGUGGCACAUGAGGCACAGCUGAGUGUGUCACUGAAGUUCUUACCACAUUUUGACGUCCUCUGUGAUCUAUUACUGAACAGACCCACAACUUGGAAUCUAUUUGUUUUAGAUAAUAAGGAAUUAAAAAAAGGUUUAAUGAUGACGUCAUCUAUAAGUCUGUCCUCCAACAGAUCAUAAGUGAGAACCAAUCAGAAUGCAUGCAUAACUGAGCUUAUUAUAUAAAACUCAAUCCCACACAUGUAUUGGGCCAACAUUGGGUAAAUACAUGGUGAAGAUCAAUUUUAUGCUCUAAAAAAAAAUUCUUCCCACAACAGCCUGAAAAAAAAAAGCCCUUUUUAACAUAGUACAAAUAUUCCACAGCUAAAGUGCACAAUUACAGAAUCAACCCAGAUGUAGGUCUUCCAAUUCAAAGCUUUAAUCAGAUUCCUCUCAUGAAAAGUUCCCAACAAGCAAGAUCCAAGUCUACUGCCAGAGGAUUAGGUGGACCAAGCAUAUCGCCAAGAUCUCCAGCAAGCCGUGCAGGAUCAGUUGGUGGUGUUGGGUUACCAAGUGUUACCAAAAUUAAGAGCUCUGUUAGGGUAUCAAAGUAG